AUGUUUUGGACAAAACGAGCGUCGAGAGGAGAGGUUGGAUUUUGGAAAGAAGAGGUUUCUGUGAGCGUUACGGGAAAGGGGAGGGUUUGGUUUCCCCUAGACGACCAAACGGCCACCAGCGACCAAAGUCCAGGAACGUGGCGGAUUGAGAUGACCACCAAUCGACUUUCGGGUCACCACAAGAAUCAGCACGCGGCCAAAAUGGCCCAGCUCAGGACUGCCAGCAGCGCCAGCUACCAAGCCUCACAGGUUCAGGCCAGGCAUGAACACGGGCGCGGCGUCCGAGAACAAGGCCAGCCCGCCCCAGUUCCGGCUAGUCCGGCCCUCUCUCAUGAGUUCAGUCGUUGCUGGUCCCUGUUGUGA